AUGAGUGAAAAGCAAAAAACGCUUAUUUGUGGUGAUGUAAAUGGAAAUUUUACCACAUUGUUUUCCCGCGUAGAGUCUAUUAUAAAGAAAUCUGGACCUUUUGAUGUAUUAUUAUGCGUGGGAAAUUUCUUUGGAUCGGAUAACUCUCAAUUAGAUGCAUAUCGUUUGGGAGGAAAGAAAGUUCCUGUUACAACAUAUGUAUUUGGUCCAUCUGAUAGUGAACAUGUACCACAUUACUGUGAUGAAGGUUCUGAAAUUGCUCCAAACAUUAUAUAUAUGGGCAGAAGAGGAAUUUUUACAACAAGUGCUGAUGUUAAAAUUGCUUAUUUAACUGGUUUAUCCAGACGUGAACUUGGCAAAGAUAUACCCAUGUGCACAUUUGAACCAAGUCACUGCAGUGCAGUUAGGGAUGCUUGCUUUAGAGGUCAAAGUGAAUAUAGAGGUGUUGAUGUCUUGAUCACCACUCUAUGGCCUGCCGGUAUUCAACAAGAUGAAAGUCAGAAGGCAGAUGUAGAACGAGAAUUACUUUCUGAUUUAAUAUCAUGGCUGUCUAUACACAUCAAACCAAGAUAUCACUUUGUACCAUCUAAAGGAAAAUAUUAUGAGAGACAACCCUACAGAAACCAAAGUGUACAUCAAGAUUACAAAGAAUGUGCUACACGCUUCAUAGCAAUUUCUCCAGUUGGGAACAAAAUGAAAGAGAAAUGGAUAUAUGCAUGCUCUCUGCAACCAGUCACUAAAAUGAGAAUGACUGAUCUAUUACAAAGUACGACAGAUGAAACUCAAUGUCCGUUUGAUCCUGAUUUAUUAAAGCAGCAUCAACCUGGCAAAGUAGUUAAGGUAUCUGGUAAUGGUCAAUUCUUUUUCAAUAUGGAUGCGGCAGAUGAUGACCACGGUAAAAGAAAAAGAAAAGGUGACCAUCCUGAACGUAAGAAGAAAGAGUUUGAUCCAGACACCUGUUGGUUCUGCCUGUCUUCUCCUACGGUAGAGAAACACCUGGUGAUCUCGGUGGGUAGCCACUGCUACCUGGCCCUGCCGAAGGGGCCACUCACACCCUACCAUGUGCUCAUACUGCCUAUUACACAUCAUCAGUCUGUUACUCAGGCACCGGACGAUGUAGCAAAGGAGAUCAAGAGGUUCAAGGAUGCCAUAAAGAAAUUCUACGCGUCCAAAGACAAGUUGGCGGUCUUCUAUGAGAGGAACUACCGCACGUCCCACAUGCAGAUACAGUGCGUGCCGGUGCCUCGCGCCUGCAACGAACAGUUGUUGGAAGUUUUUCAGGACGAAGCAGGUAUAAACAGUAUAGAGAUGGAAGCGCUGCCGCCGUACUCGGACAUAGCGCAGGUGGCGCUGCCCGGCGCGCCCUACUUCCACGCGGAGCUGCCCUCGGGCGACCAGAUAUUUGCGAAGACCAAACAACACUUCCCUUUGCAGUUUGGCAGAGACGUCCUGUCCAGCCCGCCCGUCCUGAACUGCGAGGACAAGGCGGACUGGCGCCAGUGCCUGCUGGCGCGCGAGGAGGAGGCCGCGCUCGCCGCCGCCUUCCGCCGCGACUUCAGGCCCUACGACUUCACGGCCGACGACACCGACAGUGAA